AUAUUGUCAAUUUACUCUCUUUUUAGAUAUGGAAUUUUCAGCCAUCACCAUGGAGGAAUUAUGCAUGAGCGGAGAAGGCGAGGGGGGAAGAAGAAUGGGGAGGAAAAGGCCUGUCUAUGAUGAGAACAAACAGUACAAAUCAAAGAACCUCAAUGCCGAGAGGCGAAGGAGGGAGAAACUCGGCAACAGGCUCCUCACUCUGCGUUCUUUAAUGAAUAAGGCAACCAUAAUUGACGAUGCAAUUACUUACAUCAAAAGCCUGCAGAACACUUCCAAGGUUCUCAGUGACCAGCUUCUGGAAAUGGAAGGAUUUCCAGAAGAGGAAGAAAAACCCAUCAAGAGUGAGAUUGAUGCUGCAGAAGAGAUGAAGAAACAUGGAAUUCAGGAAGAAGUUGAGGUGAGCAAUAUUGAUGGGGAAAAACUUCUGAUCAAGAUUGUCAUUGAGAAGAAAUGCGGGCGGUUCACUAAAUUGAUGGAAGCCAUGAGUUAUCUUGGAUUUGAGCUGAGUGAAACCAGUGUUACAACCUUCUCAGGUGCAAUGCUUGUUACAUCCUGUAUACAGGGAACUUAUGGAGAUAAGCUCACAGUGCAGGAAACCCAGGAUUUGCUGUUGGAGAUUAUCAGAGGCAUUUAGCUACUGAUUUUGCAGAAGCAUUUUAUUUAACAGUAAAUACUAUGAUUUAUCUAAUAACAUACUGUAUUUUUGCCGUACAAUUAAAAAUUUGACAUUCAUUGAUAUUUAUUAUGUAUAUUGACUGGACCUUAAUUAAACAAAAAGACUCCAUGGAAGUUGCUUUGAAGGUUAUGAGACUGAGUCAAUUGUUUGAAACUUUGAAUGAAUACUCUUGACUGCU